AUGGAAGAUUCAUUCCAUUUACAUCCUUUGAUUAGUGAAGCGGAAUUACCGCUAGGAUCACCAGAGCGAGAUGGAGGGGAAAGACCUCAAGGAAAGCCAGGAAAGCCAAGGGAAGAUGGUUUGUCAGGACCACGAGGGAUACCGGGACCACCAGGUCAACAAGGUGAGCCAGGUAUCAGAGGAGAAAAAGGACCAAAAGGACUGAAAGGUCAACGAGGACCACAAGGGUCAUUCUGUCAGCGCUGCUGA